ACACACACACACACACACACACACACAGAACGUUUACUUCUCACGGGAAUGAAUUUCUUGACUUAAGCUCGAAGGUGGUGUUGUGAGGGCCAGACAUAAAUAGCAGAGCACAGCUAACAUAUACAACAGAGCAGCAGCAGCAAAUCAGCCAGGCAUUAAUUUGAGAGUUUUCAGGAAGGCGCCCCAGUAAAGUGUUGGGCCACGCGUAACCCUCUGACGGCUGGUUCGUGAUGCUGGGUCGUUAUGACCCUGCAUCACAGCCAGAUAUAUUGAAGCCAUUUUUCAGCGUUUUCACAAUACAUUUGGUGCGUGGGGGGCAAGCGUUAAUGGGAGGGCCUUUGUUUUCGUGUUGCUAAUUGAAUACUGUGUCCAUUAAGUGAAAACUCAACGCGCUUUUUUUCAAUCAAUUUAUUUCAUCAUCUCUAGAGUCGAAUAUGAAGAGAAGUUAUGAGGUUCGGCUUCGAUUGACGGAUGUUCCUCUCCCUUCGCUACGAAGGGACGAGAAUUAAAUGAUUAUGCUUGGAGCGGUGGGAAGUGUGUAUGGAGGCGGGUAUCUGGCCAGAAGGGAAGCAAGCCACUGGGGAAGGUAGAGUGUCUGUGUGAGCCCUGACAAAUGUUUCCCUCACUCUAUUUAUCGUUUAAUGAAUAAGUGUGAUGAUUAGGAAUACCGACAGUGUGCACUAUAUCAUCCAUCUUCUUAUGUUAAGGCGGCCAACCCCUCUACCUAAAUGAGUACGGUCAUUGGCCGGAUGAAAAGCAACUCUACUGAUGGCUCCACCCAGGCCCGCCCCAGUUGGCUCAACAUACAAUAAGUGCUUAGAGUCAUCCAAUGAGAUGGCCGCUCUUGUGUUGGUGGGCGGGGGAAAACACGAUCCGGCCCCUGCAGUAUCGAAGGAUGGAAACGUGAGCUUGGGUUUGCCUAGUAGUAUAGUUUGGGUGAUCCCUUGGUGUGGUUAGGACGUGCGCUGCUGUGUGUUGUGCGCCUGACUGGCUGUGUAGUGACCACGACAAAUCUGCUGGGGUGGGCGUAGUGGGUGUUGUAAACAUUAGUACCGUGGCGGAUUAUAUUAUGAUAGUGGGGUCUAUGAGCGAGGCGGGUGGACAUCCAGGGGCCCCACACCUGGGCCCGCCGACGCUGCCACCGCAGUCAUCGCUCUCCCCGCCCGCUGCAAUGCUCCCAUCUUUCGGUUUCACGCAAGAGCAGGUUGCCUGCGUGUGCGAGGUCCUUCAGCAGAGUGGGAACAUCGAGAGGUUGGGCAGGUUCCUGUGGUCACUGCCCGCCUGCGAACACUUGCACAAGAACGAGUCCGUCCUUAAAGCCAAGGCCCUCGUUGCCUUCCACCGCGGCAACUUCAAAGACCUUUAUCGAAUUCUUGAAUCGCACAAUUUCUCAAUACAAAAUCACGGAAAAUUGCAGCAAUUGUGGCUGAAGGCGCACUACAUAGAAGCAGAGAAGUUGCGUGGGCGACCGCUUGGCGCCGUGGGCAAGUAUCGCGUGCGGCGCAAAUUCCCUCUCCCGCGCACCAUUUGGGACGGUGAAGAGACUUCCUAUUGCUUCAAGGAGAAGUCACGGAACGUCUUGCGAGAGUGGUACGCUCACAACCCGUACCCAUCACCCAGGGAAAAGCGUGAGCUGGCUGAAGCCACAGGCCUCACCACAACACAGGUCUCCAACUGGUUCAAGAACCGCCGACAACGGGACAGAGCUGCCGAACAAAAAGACGGAGACGGCAAAACUUCUGGGGGCGCUGCUCCCCAAGGCGGUUCGACCCAUCUGGACAGCGGCUCAGAGUCCCUGGAUGAAGUGAAGCCUUCGCUCUCCUCCCUCGACUCACCACUACCCAACGUAAACAGCCACAUUGUCCAGGAGCCUGUCGGGCACACGGACUUAUACAGCGAACUCAGCAAGGUUGGCGGAGGUGCAAACGGCAUGUCCUCGGUGGCGCCCGUCCCUGCCUCCGUGAGCUCCGCCUCUGCCAUUGCCGCCGCCUACCAAACGCAGCUGAGUCUGGCGGCGGCGGCGGCAGUAGCGGCUAGACACACAGGGACCACCAUCUCCAGCGACCACACCGCCGCCCCACACCUGGCGCCGCCCACACACCACGAUAUCCUCCACGACUACCACACUUUGUGACAUAGUGGCCUCUAGACUCCCGCCCAUGGGAUCACCGCCGCCACCACGCCCACGCCCCAGGGACGCUAGAGAGCCACACAGGAUGCCCUAUAUCGCCUCUACCAAGGGGUCGCCCAAGAGAUUAGAGGUACUCCUGCACAGGGGAGGCGCUUGAAGUAGUGCGCUGGCUGCCACAUUUGGCGGCCCUGUCACACUCGGUACCCCCAACGAUACGCCACCGACACAUCUGGAGCUAUUCCAAACGUGCAUUUUUUUUUUCAAGCUAGUGUUGCUCUACUGAGAUCCCGCUUCUGUUGAAAAAAAAUAAAAUAAAAUGGUUCUCAAAGCUGUGGCCUAGUGAGUUUACCACACACACGGGGCUGGCCGCCUCUUGACGUUAAAAUGCCAACUUACCGUUGUUUUGUUUUGAUUGCGGUGCAACCCUUGUGCGCUAGUGGCAACAACAUAGUACAUUAAUUUGUGAUGAACCGUGAACUUCUUAAUGCUAAGCCAACCAAGUCUGUUGGUUGUUUGACAGCUAUUAUGUUAACUGGCGCGGUGGUAACCAUCCUUCCCUGGGAGUAAGUGCGCCAGGCUUACGCCACUCUUUACGAAGGACAAAAACUGGCCUUGUACUCUAGGCUUCUGCCUAAUUAUCUUGAUAUAAUAUAGUGAGAAAAACGGAGCUACUGUACAGUGAACUAUGUGAGAAAUAGUGACGCUGAUGCCAACCUAAACA